AUGGCUAAUAGUAACUAUAACAACGGUGGUGGCAGCUCACAGACAACCAUGAUGCGCAUGGCUCCUGAUCAACGGCCGUAUGUCAAGGACCUCUUUGAUAUCUUUGCAGCUCUUCUCAUUCAGCUACCGUUGACAGACCACCGUUCACUCUUUCGUACUUAUGCUGGUACCUUCACCACCGAUGAAGCAGUGCAAUCCUUGGCCGACCUCAAGAUCUCACACAUUGUAAAGACCACCGAUCCCAACGAUCCAAAGCAACAAAUUGCCACGCGUACAACAACCACGUUUAGCAUGACACCACCCAUGGCCAAAGCUCUUGGAACACACAUGUUGAAUGCAAGACUUAUUGAAGACGCUGUCAACCCAACACAGCAAAGCCGUAAUACGAUGAUGAAAGACAAGGGCAUCUGGAGACCAACACCCAAGGGCAAGCACGUGAUCAUGGAAUUUGCCAAACGUACCUAUGUCCCUCUCCAUCAUAUGCAACAACAGCUUGCUCGCAUCGAUUCAUUUGGCAUAUACACUUUUGAACGGCUACAGGCGGAUGAUCGAUUGUCCAUUAGCAGAACAAAUAUGGCUAAUGCUUUCAAGAUGAUGUUGGCAUGGUUACCAACCGAACGCUUGAUUGCAGAUGACGUUGUGGGUGUUAAGCCAGGCGAUCUCAACACAUACCAGCACACAUUUUAUGGAUACCAAUGCUUUGAGUGGAUAUGCGAAUAUACAACCGUUGCCAACGCUGACGAAGCACAUAUGAUUGCAGCCGAAUUUGUUGCCAAUGAGUGGAUAUGCGAGAUCACUGACAAACCAAAUGAUAAGCGCAACAGCAACAGCAAUCAUAGCAGCAACAGCAGCAGCAGCAAAUCAUCAUCAAGUUUCAGUAUCACCAAGAACUCAUUGUACUACUUGGGUGAUAGCGGAUACAAGGUACUCCGUAACGAGAACAACAACGUGGUAUACAAUCCACCAGCAUCAUCCGAUCCCAAGCAAAUGCAAGCGAAUCGAUCACGCUAUACAGCAACAACAACAACAACCAAUACCGACAUGACCUUUGUUGAUGUCAAUGAAAGCGACACUGAACCCCUUGUAUUGACCAGCAGCAACAAGUACAGCUUUGGUAUUCCAUCCAAUGUACAACAACAAUCUUCCACCACAACCCCAUCACAGCAGCAAACAGCAUUUAGAGCAACGGAUGCCACACGAUCACCUUUAUCAGUCGACAAUGUAUUAGGCGUGAAAAGUCAACCUGGUGAUUCAAAUUGGGUGCGAUUGAGUCAAAUCUUGGAGGAUCCAUUAUCUCGCAUGUAUUUCCGCGACUAUUUGAAAACAAACUAUUGCGAAGAAAACAUCAACUUUUGGGUCGAUUUUCGAACGCUGCGUCGUAAAUGCCAUGCACAAGCAGAGACGAAGGAGCUGUCGAUGGACAUUUAUACAAUCUAUCAAUCGUAUCUUGGACCUUACGCUAAAUCAGAACUCAACAUUAACCACAGCCUACGCAGCGAGAUCAUCCAGUUUGUGUCUUCGAAUUAUUCCAUCACCAUGGCAACGGUAUCCGUAAGAGAUCCUGCCGAUGCCAUCAUCGAAAUGACCAUCCAGCUUUAUGAUCGCGUCAAUGAUCAAAUUUGUCGUAUCCUCGCAGAAGAUUUAGUGCCUCGUUUCUCUCGAACACCCAAGUAUCGUGAAUUGUUCCCUUCAUCUUAG